UUCAAAGUUUUUUCAGAUCUACAGCGGAUCUUUUGAAGAUUUAACAACUCAACCCAAGUUGCUCUUUCAGAAAAAGGACAACUGUUGUCGACGGUUCAAACGAGUAUGUUCGCGUGGUGAAAUCACUAAAGUAUUGUUGUUCGUGUUUGUGGCGACCCACGGGACUCCCUGAAGGACCCCUGUGGCUCGCUAAGGAGCGCGACCUGUGACUGUAUUCAGCCCAUUCAUUUGUUGGAGGGGAGGAGUUAGCGGAGCCAAAGGGGUCAUAACAAAAUGUGUGUCCCCGACUAAAAGCAACAUUAUUUCCGCCCUGAUCCGGUGCCGUCCUGAGAAUCCCUGCGAGGAGCAUUUAAAUGGACUCUGAAACGAGUCCGAACUGGUUGUUGUUGUGACCGAGCGCAGCACCCUCUGCUCACCGCCUGCCGCUCUUCACUGUCUGAACCGACGCAGAGGAUGGAUGCAAGCUUUCCCCCGGCUGCUAUCUUACUGCUAACCGUCGUUUUAUCAUCCUCAACAGCCUUUCUGGAGCCUUACGACUUUUUAUAUGACAAUGCGGUGCAAGCGUUUUACAGCAGCGACUAUAUAAAUGUGGUGCGCUACAUGGAGGGAGCGCUCAGCAGCUACGCAGAAGUCCGCCGCACCAGAGUCCGGUGCCGACUGAGGUGCCAGGACCAGCAUCCGUUUGAUGAAGCCUUCUCAGACCUGCGCUUCUUCGACGCAGUCCUCCGGAGAGCAGCGUGUAUGAACAAAUGCAUCGAGGAGAUACUUGGCUCGCAGUCGGUGCAUAAAGUCAGCGAGGAUGUAGUGCAGGACUUCCACCGGAGGAUCCCCUACAACUAUCUUCAGCUGGCUUAUCAGAAGUUGAAGCAGCCUGACAAGGCGGCGGCAGCAGCUCACACCUAUUUCCAGGCCAACCCAGAACAUGUGGAGAUGGGUCAGAACCUGGAGCAGUACAAAGACCUGCAGGGCGUUAAGGAGGAACACUUUGUGGACCGAGAAGCCCGGCCUCACCAGCACUCCUUCAAAGAAGCAGUGAGGUUGUAUGAUAAAGGCGACUACGAAGGGGCCAUUGCUCUGUUUGAGGAGGCUUUGGUAGAAUAUUAUAAAGCAGACGUGGAGUGUCGGGCCCUGUGUCAAUGGCCUCAGAGGUUUGAGGGCUAUGACUACCUCCGCUACCGUUACAGCCUCCAUGAACUCAUAUCAGAUCACUUCACUCAGGUGCUGCAUUGUGAACACGAGUGCGUUCGAGACCUCGCCACCCGGCCAGGCCGACUCUCCCCCAUGGAGAACUACCUGCCUCUACACUAUGACUACCUUCAGUUUGCCUACUUCCAGGUGGGCCGGCUGAAGGACGCGCUACAGUGUGCUAUGACCUACCUGUUAUUCCACGAGGGAGAGGAGUUUGUUACAGACAACGUGGAUUACUACAGAGAGGUGCUGGGACAUGAUGGCAAGCCAAGAGAGAAAGCUGCAUGGUACCUGCGGAGGCACAAACAGGAACUGGAGCUCCUUCUGAUUGGUAGUAAAACCAUGGGAGUGGAAUUUACUGAAGGGAAUUACUGGAGCAGCACAGGUGGAAGAGAUGACUCAAACAGGAUUCCCUCCGGCACAGACGGCUGGAUGGAGUAUGUCCCAAUCUCAGAGAAGAAGAACGUCACUGUUGCUGUUCAACAGCAACUCAAAGAAGGUGGCCCGUUGUUGUAUGACAAUGUGCAGCUGGUGCAGAACUCUGUGGCUUUGAAUGGGACCCAGCGGGUGCUGCUGGACCAUGUUAUAUCUGAGGAGGAGUGUACAGACCUCAGACAACUGGCACAUGCUGUCACAAUGGCUGGAGAUGGUUACAGAGGGAGGAUGUCUCCACACACUCCCAAUGAGAAGUUUGAAGGAGCCACUGUACUCAAAGCCCUGCAGUAUGGCUAUGAGGGAAGAGUGCCUAUGAGGAGCGCCCGCCUGUUCUACGACGUCAGUGAGCGAGCGAGACGGGUUACAGAGUCUUACUUCCGGCUCAACUCCACCCUGCACUUCUCCUACACACACCUGGUGUGCCGGACAGCCAUCACAGGCCAGCAAGAUCACAGGAAUGACCUGAGCCAUCCCAUCCAUGCUGACAAUUGUCUGCUGGACCCUGAGGCCAAUGAGUGCUGGAAGGAACCCCCAGCAUAUACAUAUAGAGACUACAGUGCACUGUUAUAUCUAAAUGGAGAUUUUGAAGGAGGGGAGUUCAUAUUCACAGAAAUGGAUGCCAAAACAGUCACGGCAUCAGUGAAGCCCAAGUGUGGCAGGAUGGUGGGUUUCUCAUCAGGAGGGGAGAAUCCACACGGUGUGAAAGCCGUCACCACUGGGCAGAGGUGUGCUGUUGCUCUAUGGUUCACCCUGGACCCUCUAUUCAGAGAACUGGAGAGACUGCAGGCGGAUGAGGUGAUCCAGGCGUUGGACACACAGUCUGUGUGGGAUCAGGGCCUCAACAUUAACCCUAAAGAUGAACUGUAGGAGCAGAAAAACAGCUGUACCCCCAUCCCAUCUCCUUCUGUCAAAUCCUUCUAUACAUUUUAAUUAACUAUUUAUUGAAUUGACCUUUGGAUGAGAACAUUUCUAUUUUUGUACUAUUUGAAGUGCAAGAUUAAUAAUAUUGUCAUUUUUGUGUUGUCAGUCAUAUGUUGUUGUUUUUAUUUUCUCCCAUGUUUCUCUACACACAAGUACUUGAGUUUACCUUUGGUUUUUUGUCUUUCCUUUCAGCAACAGCCUCUAGUAGGGAAAAAAAUCCAGUUUACUUUGUUUUUUUGUAUCUGGUGUGUUGGCAAAGUAGACGUUUCAUGCAAGACUGCUCAUAAUUAACUGUGAAGAAUUUUUCCUUCAUAUGUGCUUGUUCUUCUUCUGGACAUCAUAGUCAGUGUUUUUUUUAUUUUUAUCAGAAACACUAUGUACAGAUUAUUAACUUCAUUUCAGAUGUCAGUGGUUUAAAAUAAUAUUUUAUUCAAUCUUCACAAAUAGUACAGUUACAUUUGCUAUUACUAACAACAUUAUCUUAUUCAAUAAUGGGGGGGGGGGGGUUCCAGUGCCAAUAAGAAUUAUU